AUGGGUGUCAAAGUUGCUUGUCACAAUCGUGGAAGAAAUGGCAAAUAUAUCGAUAUCAUAGACUUGUCAUUUUGGUCGCCCAAAAACAAAGAUUCGGAAAUAAGAGAUAGCCAGCGACAACAUUUCCAAGAAAAUCAAAACCAAAAUCAAAAUCAAAAUCAAAACUUUAAUUCAGUCAAUCCGUACCAACCUCAUCAAACAAACAAUUCACUUUUCACCUACAACUACAAUCAGCAUAACCAAUAUUAUUCACAAUUACCAUCCCAUCCUCCUGUUGAUCAUGUUCACCAAUAUCAUCAACCACUCUAUAUCAAUCCAAUAUAUGGCUGGAAUAUUCAUCAUCAUCCACAGAACGAUCAACAACAACAACAACAACCUAACAAUAUCCAAGAUAUAAUUACAACUGCACAGCAGUUGUCUCACUCAUCAAAUACCUUUACACCCAAUUAUCAGCACUUUAUUUCUGUUCAAGAAAUUAACUUGCCUGAUCAACAAUCUGCUGUUGGCCCUCAAUUUUCUAACGAGUACCGUAUCUAUCAACAACCAGUUAUCAAUACCAAUAUCCAACAAUCUAUCCCUAGUCAUUAUCCUGAAAGUCAACAGCCAACCACCAAUGUUCAACUCAUUGACCAGCAGCCUGUUAUCCAGCAGCCUGUUAUACAGCAACCCAAUGCUCGGCAGCCUGUUUCUGAUUAUCAGCCUACUCUUGACCAUCAGCUUAUUCCUCUACCACAUCCUGCUAUUCAUCAUUACUCUCCCAACUCACAACAAUCCACUAAUGCUCAAGUUUUUAAUGUUUUGUCUAUGGUUCAACACUCUGCCACAACCUAUUAUCCGCUCAACAAGCCACAAGUUGUCAGCCAUCCUAGUGAUCAAAAGCUCAUUGACCAACAACCUGCCACAAAUGAUGCAUCCACCAGUCACCACCUUUCUAUCAAUUAUAUUAUUAACCAUCCCACUGGCAAUCUCACUGAUCACCAAAUCCAAAUCCCAUUGGCUCCUCCUGUCCCACAUAAUAUAAGUCGGGAACCCAUUUUAUCAUCAAAUAUCCCUACUGAUAACAUUGCAAUCACUCUACCAACCACUACCGAUCUCCAUCCAGAUCCACAACCUAAUUCACAAAUCUCACUCAGUCAAACAACAGCAACACUAAUAGAAACGUCAACAGACCAAAUAAACAGAACAACCCAACGAAGAAGAGAAUCAUCUUCUCAACCAGAUUACAGAUUCAAGAGAACACAUGAUGUCUGA